GCCUAGGAUGGACAGUUAUGACUCAAGAAGGAUAUCUGUCAAAGCCUUCCAUCUCAGCUGAGCCAGGCCUUGAGAUCUCCCAAGGGGGUUGUGUAAACUUUGUGUGCUCAACCCCUAGUGGGUAUGAUACAUUCCGCCUGGAGAAGGAAGGCAAGAGUGUCAUGGAGGAGAAGAACAUACAGCAUCUAAUGACAGAGGCUAUAUUCCGCCUUGGCCCAGUGAAUGAAAGCACUGCUGGAGGCUAUUACUGUAUCUAUUUAAAAGGAAACGAUUGGUCCCCACGCAGUGAGACUCUGGAGCUGAAGGUAACCAGAGAAGAUGUCACCCUGGCUCCUGACCCAGGCUCAACAGUGACUCCAGGUUUGUUCUCAGCUCCUUCAACACAGGUCUCCUUUGCCCAUACACCCCAGAUUCCCAGAAAUGUAGUCUUAGCAGACACCAAGAAUUAUCUGGAUACAACUCCAGACUGGAGAGUUGGGUCCAAAUCUGUCUCUGAUUAUGAAGUAGAGACUGAUACCCAGCAAUG